AUGGAGGCGCUGCUGGUGGAGCUGUGCAGCGAGCUGCUGUGCGUAGGCUCGGCGGCGGAGUCUGCGCAGCGCUGCGCGCAGGAGGCGCUUGUGGAGGCCCGCGCCGGCGACUCCCGCCAGCACGGCAGCGCCGCUGGCGAGGCCGGCAGGCCGCCGCGCCGGGAGGCGCCGCCCACCGCGCCGCGGGCCGUGGCCGCGGAGGGGGACCAGCACCCGCACCCGGCGGCGUUCGGCGAGGGCCAGCCUCGGCUGGUCCUGAGCCCGCAGAUCGGCGCCGAGGGCCGCGGCGAGGCCUCGCGAGGGAGCGGCGCCGAGGGCCGCGGCGAGGCCUCGCGAGGGAGCGGCGCCGAGGGCCGCGGCGAGGGCUCCCGAGGGACCUUCGAAGCGCCGUCCGGCUUCUACAUGCCACAGGUAAGUGAGAGGGAGGGGCAGGACACAUCGCCGACGUGCAGCCCGCAGCCGCGGGUGCCGGUGCAGCCUGCAUCGCCGACGUCGGCCAGCACGGGGCCGUUGAGGUUGCCGCUGCCGCCCGCGUCGUCGCCGACCUCGUCUAGCUCGGGCCUGUCGCCGCAGGCUGCUCUUGCCAUCAGCGCCGACAUCUUCCCCAAGAGGCCUAGCGGAGCCAGAGGCUUUUUCAAGUCGACCUCGAACGUGAGCAUGCCGAGCAUACCGGAGUCGGUCGCGAGCGCGAGCGCGAGUGCCAGUGCCAGUGCCAGUGCCAGUGCCAGUGCGAGUGCGAGUGCGAGUGCGAGUGCGAGUGCGAGUGCGGGUGCAAGUGUUGUCGGGAGCCAAAUGAGCACCGUGUCGAAAGACCUGGUGCAGACUCCGACGCACGCGACUGGCGCCGAAGACUUGAUCCAGCACGACCCGAUCCGCUCGUUCGACCUCCGCGAGUUCUGGCUCGACUCGGCUCCACCGUCGGCCACCAUCUUCGGUUCGAGGUCCAGCGUGUUGAUGAUGAUGCCGUGGUCUGUCCGGAGGUUUUGCGACCGCUUGUUGGAAUGCGGCUCAUCAGUGUUGCAGCGGCGGGCGAUGGCCAUUGUGUCCAGCAGCCGCUACGAGUUGUGUGUGAUGUCGGUGGAUCAUCGCAAACGCUGUUUUCUUGGGCCUGCAGGUGGAGCACGAGGCCCAGACACGGAGGAAGCUGCCGAUGACCGUCGAGGUGGAGGCUUUCUUCUGCAUCGUAUUCACUGUGGAGUUGGCGAUGAAGAUGUACGCUAUGGGCUGCUCCUUCUGGGUCGGGGACGACGCAUCCUGGAACUACUUCGAUUUGUUUGUGGUGGUGUUGAUGGUAUUGGAUUACUUCGGGAGCUUGGCUCAGCAGGAGAACUCUUCGGAUUGGUCUCAAGUGUCCGGCUUGCGCACUUUCCGAGUCCUUCGAGUCAUCCGAUUUCUACGUUCCGUCAGGCAGUUGAGGUUCUUCUCGCAGCUGCGGGUCAUGAUCCGGUCGAUCAUGUUCUCGUUGCGGCCCCUUCUAUGGGCCUCCAUCAUCCUCACGGGCAUGUUCUUUGUAUUUGGUUUGUGCUUCACUCAGGGCGUGACAGACCACCUGCGGGAUAA